AUACGAUCAACACAACCGCCACCCCACCUUUCGCAGCGGUUACUAUAGUGAUUAGCACGAAUGACCUUGUCAUUCCAACACAAUGGCUCCCACACUUUGCGCCAUGUGUAAGACCCAGCGGGCGCUCAUCAAGCGGCCCAAGAACCACGCAAAGCUGUGCAAAGCCUGUUUUAUAACCAUUUUCGAGGAUGAGGUGCACCACACAAUCACCUCGUCGAACCUGUUUUUCCCCGGCGAGAAGGUCGCAAUAGGCGCGUCGGGCGGCAAGGACUCGACCGUCUUGGCUUCUGUUCUCAAGACACUAAACGAACGCCACGGGUAUGGACUUGAUCUUGUUCUUCUGAGUAUCGACGAGGGGAUCAAGGGGUACCGCGAUGACUCCCUGGAAACGGUCAAGAGAAAUGCCCUCCAGUAUGAGAUGCCCCUCAAGAUCGUGGGCUACGAUGAGCUGUACGGCUGGACCAUGGACCAGGUCGUCGAGACGAUUGGCAAGAAGGGCAACUGCACAUACUGCGGCGUGUUCCGGCGGCAGGCGUUGGACCGCGGCGCAAAGAUGCUAGGCAUCAAGCACGUCGUGACGGGCCACAAUGCCGACGACGUCGCCGAGACGGUCCUGAUGAACCUCCUCCGCGGGGACCUGUCGCGUCUCUCACGGAGCACCAGUAUCGUGACGGGAGACAGUGGGUCCGAGGUCAAGCGGAGCAAGCCCCUUAAGUACUCUUAUGAAAAAGAAAUCGUUCUCUAUGCCCACCACAAGAAGCUCGACUACUUCAGCACCGAGUGCAUCUACAGCCCAGAGGCCUUUCGCGGCAGUGCUAGAAGCCUCAUCAAGCAGCUGGAGAGGGUGCGCCCCAGUGCCAUCCUAGACAUCGUCCGGAGUGGCGAAGACAUGUCGAGACUGGUGCCAAGAGAAUCGUCGUCGUCGUGUGGCGGUUGCAAGACCACGCCAGUCGCAUCUGCUCCUGCCGUCGAGGAUGAUAUUGGGGGAUGUGGUUCCCGGAACGGGCGUACCCCGGGAGGCGAAAUGGCUGCAAUGGACAAGCAGUUGAUAGAGAACGAGGCGUACGAGAGGCUCGAGAUUGAUGUGGCAAGCACCAUGGCCAGGAACAAGGCGACACAAAAUGAGAAACCAAAGGAUAUACCUAUAAGAAACGGGGGUUCAAAGGCUGCCACCCGUCAGGUCCUUGGGAACUGCAAGCGUUGCGGAUACAUGUCGAGCCACGACAUAUGUCAGGCCUGCACAUUGCUGGAGGGUCUUAAUAAGAAUAGGCCGCAGAUACAGAUCUGAACACUUCAUA